AUGGAGGAGAUGGAAAUGCAAAUCAAUCGACGGACUUGGGUUGCGUUGCUGGAAAUGGCGGGAAUUCUUGGAGAUGAUGAAAAUGAUAUUACACAACUUCCAAAAACGACCGUAGAGACUCGUCCUUCACCAUUUCGUGUUGGCUGUUUGAUGAGGAUUAGAACGUGGCGUGUUGGAAUGCCGUUUCCUCGAAAUCAAACGAGUCUUGGAUUUUUAACAUUCCAAAAUGCUGAAGUUGAAUCGACGGUAGUGCUCAACGAAACUCUGGAUGUUCUAACUGUCACUUUGGCACUCGAUGGGAUCAAUAUUGAAGACACCACACCGUUUUAUUCGGAAUUGUACGGCGAAAAGAUGAUUUUGAUGGAUGAUGCCACGGAACAGGGAAACUUUGGCGCUCCAAUAGCGAAGAGAAAACUAGACGAAUCGCGAAGAAUUCGGAUAAGCAUUGUAAAAUAUCUAGGCGAUAAUAAGAACCGUGAGUGUGACAUGGAAAUCAAAUUAUUUGUGCCGACAACAAUGCGAUUUUACUAUGUGCACACGCAUAGAUUUUUCUGUGGUCUCACCGACUUUUGGCUUCAAUUCAAUGAGCUUAUGAGCAUUGUUGCUCGUAGUAAAAAACAGAAGAUUUCUGAAAACGUUAGCUCUCGAGUAUCGCUUGACGUUGAUAUCAGGUGCGCCACAUCGCUCAUUAUGCCGUUGAAUUCGACGUCGGCGGAUGUGCUUAUAUGGCAGGCAGAUUCACUUCGAAUGACGAACUGCUUCAAGCGAAUGCGGGCGUUGCAGACGGAAAUUUUUGCAAAGUACUCGAUUGAUUGUGAUUAUGGAUUAGAUCCCAACGUUGAUUGUCUUCUGGAUUAUGGUGACAUGAUAUUGUCGAAUGUUCGAGCUCAUGAAGGAUUUCGAUUAGAUCGAGUACAGAACCAGAAAAACUUGAGUUUGAUUGGAGAAAAAGCGUUUACGGGCUGUCUUUUUGUUUUAACGUCUGCUAAUGUGUUUUCAAGGCGAUUUGAUCUCAACAAUAAAUUUUUGCGAAAUUUGGAUGUGGCGUUAUCUCAUAAUGUUCCCGAUCUGACGAUUAUUACUCGAAUUAGUGGGCUUGAUUGGCGAAUGACGACAGAUUUUUAUAUGCUUAUGCGAGGUGUUCUUGAGCGGAAUUUCGCCGACCCGUUGAUCUCUGUUCCCGAAACGAUUCCAAUUGAAAUUCUGAGAAUGCCAGCGAAUACGGCGGAUGUUCGCUCGACUAACAAGUACGCAACUCUGUCGUUCCGUAUGAUUCUCGAAAAUGUUGACAUGAAUUGCGAAGUUCCCGGAAGUUCGCAAAAACGAAAACCGGACACGUGGAUUCCGUUCGCCAACGUGAAAUUCGAAGACGCGCGUGUUUCGUUUGACGCAUUCAUUGAUGGCCAAUCGGAGUUGGAUUUGAUUUGUCAGAAAAUCGAGUUGAUCGACACACGAAAUAAAUCCACGAAUAACCAUUAUAAUCAUUUUCCGGUGAUUUUGAAGCAAAAUGAGGAGAAUGAGGAGUCACAAAAGGUUUUGAUGCUUGAAGCUCAUUUGAUGAUGCGGAAGGAUGAGCCACCAGUUCUUACAUUGGUUUUGUGUAAUGCGCGCGUUUUGUUGGCCUACGAUUGGUUGGAUGAUCUAAAAAAGUUUUUGCUGCUUUAUACGGAUUUCGUGCCGAAAUAUUCUGAUGAAAGCGACAUUAAUCAGGCGAAAUUAAUCAGGCGAAAAUUAGCGGCGAAUGGCGGAAUAUUGGAAAGGGGUCCUCAUGUGUCGGUAGAGAAAAACUCGCAAACAUUUUCAGUUAAAAUCACUCUCAGGGAUUCGGAUUUGUAUAUGAUUGAAAAUUGCUGGAUGAAGAAUAGUUUUGCACUUGUCGCUUCAACGACGGCAGUGUUGAAUAUGAAUGAUAUGAAUGGUCAUAUUGGAGCAAAUUUGGAGAUUCAGUCAAUUACUCUUGGAUGGUGCUCAAUGCAAUUUGAGAAGAUUACCAAAAAUUUGUGUUCUAAUAAUUUUUCGUUGACAAUUGCACUUACCGUGGAUAUGGCCGAAUCAAUGAGUGCUCCGACGAGCGCAAGAAGCGGAAUGGUCGUCACACCGCCGGCACUGCACACACUUGAGGUCGAUGUUGUUCGUAUGAUUUGUCGACUUUCGUAUAAAGACGCGCGUGCUCUAAAAGCGAUCGUCGUCGGAUAUCAGAAGUAUUUUGAAGAAUCGACGAAAAAGUCGUUGAUUCCAAUAAUUGUUGAGCCGCCACCUGCAAGACCGAUUGACAUUGGAAAACUAAUUGUGAGAAGUGAGCAUGCCGAUUUGUGGAUUCUUGAUGAUCUGCAAUCAAAUUCAAUUCCCUUAUUUCGCCUAUCGCUGUCGAACGUCACCCUUGAGAAAACCGGUCAACGAAUCAAAUCAGCUCUUCACGUGUCCCUGGAUUAUUUCAAUCAACGGAUAUUUGGAUGGGAGCCUGUUGUAGAAGAAUGGAAAAUUUUGAGAUUCCUAUCGAACUUGAAAGACCGAAAACAUGUCGUGGAAUUGGUUUCCGAAACGAAAAGCACUCUUAACAUUAAUGUCACUGAGCAAUUUGUACAACAAGCGAUUCAACUGAAUGCCAAACUUCCUGCGAUUUUCGCGUCUUUUGAAAGAGACGAUUUUAGGAAUCAAUGCACAAGAACAAGUUCUGAUCAUUUACCGUAUUUGAUGAAAAAUGCGACGGGAUGCGAUAUUUCAUUUACAACGAAUGUUGAUGAGCAAAAAAAAUCGGAGAAUCCAAAGACACGAAAAUGGAUUCAUGUUGGUAGAGGACAAGAGAAGAAUUUUGAAUUUCCGGCGAGACUUUUAUUAUAUUCCAAUGUGGAAUUCGAGCCGCCUCGACAAUUAAUCGUGAAAGUGAAUGGAUGGGAUGAGAUCACUCCGGUGAAUGUGGACGCGUGUGGAACGUACUUCAGAGUUGUGAAAGCCGAAAAAUCGCGUCCAGACUUGAACAUUGCCCGUAUUCUAAUUUGCGUGACGAUGGAGAAAGACGGGAAGAAGGUUGUGACGCUGAAAUCGUCGAUUGAUGUAACGAAUCAUUUGCCGCACUCGAUUGCAGUUCAGACUCAAGGAGCAAAAGGGGAACUGCUAAACAUUGAACCAAGUGGAUCAGUGUCGAUUCCUCUCGAAUAUGCUCACGCCACGUUGACCGCAUUCCCGACUGGCAAUGUGCAAGUUUCUGAGCAUGCUGAAAUCGAUUGGAAAAGCGUUAAAAUUUCCGGUGAAGUUUGCAAUCAGACGCAAAUGCUUAAGACGAAUGGUGCCGAACGAUACUAUUGGGUUUGCACGGCCAUAAGGCGCGAAUAUUAUCCCGAGCAUGAAUUUGAAUCACUUCCCGGACAUUCUAUUCAUCUCGUUGCCCCAUUAUCUCUUCAGAAUUUGCUGCCAAUUGACGUCGAAGUCAGCAUUCAAGACAAUGAUUUUGCGAUCGCUGCCGGAAAAUCGAUGUUGAUUACAUCGAUUGACAUUACGAAGGAACUGACGUUGUCUAUCAGCACUGAUCGUUUGACGUCACAAUUUCCAUUGGUAAUAUCGAAGGUCUCGAUUGCGGAAGGACAGCUUCUUUCUACAAAAAUGGCUGAUUCUAAAGGAAGACAACUAGAUAUGUAUUGUCAUGUGAGGCUUGGACUUGCCCAAUCGAUUUUGGUUGCAUUUUGGGUUCCCUAUUGGAUUGUUAACAAAUCCGGAUUGCCGUUAAUUAUUCAACAAGAUGCUGUGAAGGAACAAGCUGCUGGACAAAUGGAGGAACACGAAAAAGCCAAAGAUCGUCAUCCGUUGAUGUUCUCGUUUGCUGAUGAAAAUUGUCCGAAAUCGUGUCGUGUUCGUGUCGGAAAUUCGUAUAUAAGAGAGCCGGGCUACGUUCCAGCACUUAGCGAAAAAUUCACUUUGACGCCUGGUGUGCAGGCGUUGAAGUUGAAAUUGGAGCACAAAAAACUGCCGACGAUAUAUUAUAAUAUUGGAGUCGAAGUGAGAGCGGGAACUGGAAGGUACAAGGAUACGCAAGUUGUGCUCUUGACGUCGCGAUUCUUGCUUCAAAAUCAGUCUUCGGUAUCGUUAUCGGUGUCGCAUCAAGAUUUGAUUGAGAAGCCUCGCGAGCAUGUUCAUCUUGCCGCUCAAUCCUCGACGACGUGGAAUGAAAACUACGCAGGACGCCGAAAAUUGUGCGUAAAACGCGCCGACGUGAAACAUUGGAGUUGUCCGUUCUUAAUCGACCGCAUCGGAUCAUUCCAUGUUACAAUGAGGGAUGCUGAUGAGACGCCAAGAUUUAUUCGCGUUGAAAUUAUUUUAACAUCUGCCGUUUUUCAAAUUACGUUCACUGAUGCCGACUUCUAUCCGCCACCAAUUCGAAUUGAAAAUUUGACUGACGUGCCCGUUCUUUAUCAUCAAGAAAGUGAUUCUCCGACACACCAGCAUUUGAGGACAAUUUGCAAAGCGAAAAGUAAAGUCGACUACGCGUGGGAUGAUCUUUACGGAACGAAGAAAAUGGUGCUGCAAGUUUUUGAGAAUCGAAGCAAAUCAUAUGAAAUUGGAAUUCCUGGACAAGCCGAAAGCCUCUUUUAUGAGAAUAAUUCGUUUAUUCAACUCGCGUAUACGUUUAAUAUGAAGAAGUCCGCCAAUGGCCGGACAGAAGAGCAGGAGUUGGUUCUAGAGACGAUGGAGAAGGGAAAAGUAAUGCUGAACAAGCAGAAUCGAACUGGUGGAAUAAACCAAUUAUGGAAAUUAUGUAAAGAUGGAUGCAUUGAAAAUAUUGGGAUGAGCAUGCGAAAUCAGAAACCGGAUUCAAGAUUUGUUCUCGAUGUCCUUGGAAAUCAUUUAAUGAUGAUGGAAAGGGAUGAAACACGUAAUCACUUUCAAAGAUGGACAAUGAUGCCCGACGGAAGGAUUUGUCUAAUGGAUCGCCCGAAAAUGAUGAUAACUGCAAAGCAGACGGAAGUCUAUCUGGCUGAUGUGGACCAGUCGGCGCCGAAAGGGGAAGACGGAAUCGCCAUAACGCAAAUUUGGAGGAUUCAAAAGCAGCGGCCUGGUAGCGGAACGCUCGGUGUUGAGCUUCUUCACAGCGGGCCGACGGUGGUCGUCAGGAUCAGCGAUCGAGAGCAGACGCGAACUGUGUCAGCGCCUCACAUUCAAACGGCGAUUUCACCCGGCGUUUUGGAUGUGAGCAUCUCGAUGAGGGGUGGAAUUGGAAUUUCAGUAGUGAAUGGAGAACACGAAGAAUUAAUUUAUGCGCAUUUUGGCGGAAUUUUCCUCUCUGCUCGACGCGUUGAGAACACUUAUCAAAUGACAGGAAGCGUGAAUGUGAUUCAAGUUGAUAAUCAGCUGCUAACAUCUGAUCGAUGGCAGGUGCUCUAUUGUCAACAGGAGAAUUUCGUGGUGACAGAAGAGCAUCUCGAUGAAGCCCCUACUGGUGUUUCGAUGAAUGUGAGACCGGCGUUGAAGUUGGAAAUGAACUGUACACCAAUGAAGCAUUAUGAUUCGUUUGACUGUUUCCGUUUGAAAGUGUGCGAUAUGAGUGUUCAAUUAGAUGAACUCCUUUUAUGGAAGCUGGUACAAAUGGUACAAUCGUCGGAUGCCUCGUCUUCAGUUCAGCAGAAAGCUUUGAACCUGCCUCCAAAUACAGAAUUGGAACGGCAUGAUCCAUUGAGAACUAGACGAUGGUAUUUUGGAACAUUGGAUUUGGAAAUGGGGCAUGUUUCUCUCAGUGUAGUUACUGUGUCAAAAUCUGGCCUUCCUCGCGAUCUUCGCCAUCUGAAGCAGCAGUUCAACGUCAAACUGAUCUCUUUUGAAAAUGCGAUUGUUUCGUUGCCACCAUUCCGUCAACAUCAUUAUUUUGAAACAUCUUCGUUUCUUCUCGAGUCGCUACAAAAAUUCUACCUCGCCGAACUUCAAAAACAGACUCUGAAUAUUAUUGUGACCCUUGAUGCAUUCGGAAAUCCGCUUGGUUUAGUCACAGAUCUAAAAGAUUCAUUCCAAGGUCUCUUCAUUGAGGGAGAUGUCCAGCGAUUCGUGGCGGGUCUUGGCUAUGGCUUCUCGAAUAGUGUGUCAAAAAUGGCUUCGUCCGCUGCCACUGGAGUUGGAGCUUUGACGUUUGAUCAGAAUCACGAGAUGAAACGGAGGCAUAAUAUGAUACGAUCUCACAGCUCAUCAUCAACACCUCUCACACACUUGUAUUCUGGUGUCAAGGGUCUAGGUGUUGGCGUGCUUGGCGGCAUGACAGCAAUUGUAACAAACUCGAUGUCAGAGAGCAAAAAGAAUGGAAUUGUCCGCGGAAUGUUCAGGGGAAUGGCGACUGGCGUGGUGGACACAUUCACAAAACCAGUGCAAGGCGUUUUUGAUUUUGUCGAAGGAACUGCCUCGGCUAUGAAGGAAUUUUCGAUGCCAUCAUCAUCAUCAAGACGGGCGUUUGCACAAUCACGUGUCCGACCGCCGAGACUUUGCCGAAAUAUCUAUCACCUCUUGCCGCCAUUCAACGAGAACUUGGCGAAUGCUCAACUUGAAUUACUGCGAAUCAACGGCUAUUCGACGAGAGAACGCCUUUUGGAUGUUGAAACUUGUUUGGAGCAUUUUGAUGGUCCCAAUAGUUCAAAACUAAUACGGCAGUAUGUUUUGCUUACCACGAAACAGUGUUAUGUUUGUCGACAGACAAAUGGUGAAGAUUCAAAUGUGAUACAGAGGAUUGCUUAUAAAUAUUUGAAGAAUGCUUUAGCGAAACAACCUUUGGAAAACACAUUUUCAAGUGUUGAAGUCACUCUGUCUCUUGAAGGGAAACGAGUGCAGACCAGCCAUAUUUGGUGUAGUCGAUAUGAAGUGGCGAAACGGCUCGUGGAUAAAUUGUUGCGAGCCAAACAACUAUACGAUCACAACAAGCGGACAUUGAAUGAUAUCUCUUGGACGAAAUCUCUGUUUGAUGCCGAUCAAGCAAUUGAGUAA